UCUCUCUCUCUCUCUCUUUCCCGUUUCUGUGUUUCUCUCUCUCUCGCUCUCUGGUUCAAAUAAAUCUUCAACUCUCAUUACCAUAGGCUCCACGCACGCACCGCUCCAUUUCUAUAAUCCCCUUCCCUCUCUCCCAAAUCUAUAAAUAUACAGUCUCCUAUAUGUAUGCAUACCCUCUAUAUCUAGACAGACCCAUAUAUCACUCUCCUCUGAACCAACCAUCCAAUCAUCACUUUACCAUCAUCAUCGAUUCCUUUCCCUUUAUUUCAACUUCCAAGUAGAAAGAAAUUGGGGAUUAAACCAAACAGAUUACCAAUUCCAGGAGAUAAACAGGACGAAUUUCCCCUUAUGUAAUGCAUCAGAAGAAAUCCGAAGUUCAGAUCGGAAAAGAAAGCAGCGGCGUCUCUUCCGAUUACAACCCAACCCCUCCUCUUCUACUUUUUUCUUCUUCUUCUUCUAUUCAUCAGAAACACCCUUCUUCUUCUUUGAAUCAGAAUCAGUCGCCUCAGCAACAGCUGUUUGAUAAUACGACCACAGGAAUUCCUUUCACAAAUUUGACGAGAAUUCCUCAAAUUGUCGCGCAGGUGCCGCCUCAAAAUGACCCAAUUGCCCCUCCUCCAUCAUCUUCUUCCUCGUCCCCUACCCCUUACAAGAGACCCCUCUUGACCCAGGCCCACCACUCCACUUCUAUAUCCAAAUCCCCAACUUUUUACAGUUUCUCUCCUACUCCGCCUCUAAAUCCUCAACACCCAUCUCUCUUUUCUGUUUCCGUGGCUGCUAAAUCGGCUGUUUAUCGCUUUAUCCGCCGUUUCAAGCAUCUCCGCCGGCUUCGUGUCCACCUUCGUUUGAUUCUUCUCUUAUUACUUCCCUUCUUUUACUUUUUGGUCUCGCAUCCAAGCCAUUCAUUCCUUCUCGAUUUCCUCUCGGCGUUUGCCUUCUCUGCUGCGCUUCUCUUCUCCCUCAAUCUCGCGGUCCCCCGCCUCCCUUCAAUACGCUUGUUCCUUGCGCGUUCCUUCCCGAUUAAGCUUACCUCUUCCUCUGCCAUAGCCAGGCCACCCUUUCCGGUGCUUUGGUCUAUUGGGUCGCGUCCGAAGUCCGAAAAGAGAGCUAAUUCAGGGUGUUGGGUUCAGGUUUACAGCAACGGUGACGUAUACGAAGGUGAAUUUCACAAGGGCAAGUGUUCGGGAAGCGGCGUAUAUUACUAUUCCAUGAGUGGGAGGUUCGAGGGGGACUGGGUUGAUGGGAAGUAUGACGGAUAUGGGGUGGAGACUUGGGCGAGAGGAAGCCGCUAUCGUGGGCAGUAUCGGCAAGGUCUUAGGCAUGGGUUUGGGGUGUACAGGUUCUAUACAGGAGAUGUUUAUGCUGGCGAGUGGUCAAGUGGGCAGAGUCAUGGCUGUGGUGUUCAUACCUGUGAGGAUGGCAGUCGCUAUGUUGGAGAAUUCAAGUGGGGCGUAAAACACGGCCUUGGACAUUACCAUUUCAGGAAUGGGGACACAUAUGCUGGGGAAUAUUUUGCUGACAAGAUGCAUGGAUUUGGAGUUUAUCACUUUGCCAAUGGGCAUCGGUAUGAGGGUGCCUGGCAUGAGGGAAGACGGCAAGGUCUUGGAAUGUACACUUUUAGAAAUGGGGAAACUCAAUCUGGUCAUUGGCAAAAUGGAAUUCUUGAUGUCCCAAGCACACAGAACACAACAUAUACUACAUCAUCUGUUGCUGUUUAUCAUUCUAAAGUACUGAAUGCUGUACAGGAGGCAAGACGAGCGGCUGAGAAAGCUUAUGAUGUGGCCAAGGUGGAUGAGAGGGUGAACAGGGCAGUAGCAGCAGCAAAUAGGGCAGCUAAUGCAGCUAGAGUAGCAGCAGUUAAGGCUGUCCAAAAACAAAUGCAUCAUAACAAUAACAUUGACAACAUUCCAGUUCCUGUGGUGUGAAGCACUUACAACCGUGGUUGUUUUCUGAUUUGAAAAGUGUGAGACAGCAGUGCGGGGAUGAUGGCCUCUGGUUUAACUGUUUGUUCUAUUGGACAGGCCUCAUGACUCGCUUGCAGAAGAUCUCUUAAAAGUUGAAACCAUGUAUAAAAAUUGGAGGUGGAAAACUUGUAGCUAAAGGGGGUUGGAUAAUAAGAGGGAAGAAGGUUGGGAAAGAAAGGAAGAAGGGGUAAUGGUGACGAUGUCUCUCUAAUAAUUCUUUAGUUUCAUGGUGGUAUUUUGUAAAGUUGAGCUAUAUGUAAUAUAAGUUGGUGGUAUACAGGUGAAACCUUGACCCAUCCAACUUUAGUUACAUUCAAAAUGGAUCUGCUCUUGACUAACUCAACCAUCAGUAGUGUUGAUUUCAUUUUCUACAUUGAAAGGGAUGGGAAGGUUAGAGAUCAGCAGCUAUCCGUUCGAGGUGGUGUGGCCGAGACCACACCUAAUUUCAGCGUUGCAGUGAGCACUUAUCUCGCUUUUUUUUUUUUUCCAGCUGAAAUCUUAACCUUAUUACCUGAUUACAUCAAAAGUGAAGGAAACAACUCAUCUUAUAAUACAGUCAACGAGCAGAAUUGCCAAGCUGAUGUUUCAUUCUAGUAAAGCGAAUAGCAUAUUGAGUGUG